AUGCUGUCCCAACGGAUCCUGGCCCGGCGCCUGCCCCAGGUUGCUGCCCGCAGUGCCAUUGCCCCCCGCGCAUCCUUCUCUCAGAUCCCGGCCCUCCGUGCUGCCGAGGUUGAGGAUCCCCUCCAGAAUGGCGGUUACCAGAACCCUCCCCGCGUGAAGCGUCAGUUCAGAGAUCCCUACGGCGGCUGGUGGGACAAGCAAGAGAAGCGCAACUUCGGCGAGCCUGUCCACGAGGAGAACGAGAUUCUCGGCGUCUUCAGUCCCGAGCAGUACAACCACGUCAGCUCCGGCAAGGGCUUCCUCCACCUGGGAGUGUUCGUUGCGGCCUUCCUCAGCCUUUGCGGUGUUGUCAGCCUUUACUAUCCCGACAAGCCCAGCGUCCCCAAGGCUUAUGUCGAUGGUCUGGAGAAGGAGCUCGGUGGUCCCAAUGCCGUGCCGGCUCGCAAGGCCGGUGAGGACAAGUGGUAA